AUGGACUUACUCCCCUCCGAACAGAAUCAGAAAGAGGUUCAUAAUGAAUCCAAACGCCAGCGCAUACAACUUACCCUCGAGACGCUAGCUUGGCCAUUAAAGGGAAAGGAGGCCAGAAAGCUGCUGGAAGAUAUCGUGCGACAUAAAGGCACCAUCACCCUUGCGCUCGCCACGGAUACCGCUCAUGGCAUCAGAAACAUUCAAAAGAUUCUUACCGAAUCUCAACAGAAAGAAGUCUACAAAUGGCUCAAUGACGUUGAUCCCUCAUCCAUCCACCAUCGAGCAUGUCAAAACCACGAGCCUGGAACAUGUGACUGGAUGUUGCGCCUUCCAGAGUGGCCCAAGUUCCUCGACGGUAAAAUACGCCUUCUUUGGAUCCACGGGAUUCCUGGAGCCGGCAAACCCAUCUUGGCUUCGCAACUCAUCAGAAGCACCGAGGAACAUUGCAAGAGACUUGGCUCGAGUGAUUCAAAGUCAGUCAGUAUCUACUACUGCUGUUACUUUGGAAACAAUCAACACGAGACGUCUUCGUUUCUCAAAUGGGUUCUUUUACGCCUGUGCCGACAAGCGCAGCUAGUUCCUGACCUUCUCUGGAAACUUUUCCAACACGGAGGCCAACCGAGCACCAAGGGCCUAUUAUCAGUACUCGGAGCAGUUCUUGAACGUUUCGAACUUGUCUUCAUAAUUAUUGGCGAGAGCAAACCUCGAGACGAACUUUUCAUAGUCAUCGGGAACCUCAACACUGAUCACAGGUUCGCCAAAGUUCGACUGUUAGCAACCAGCCACGAGUACCUGAAAAUUGAUGGAGGCAUGCUAGACGUCUUCACAGAAAUCUCAUUGCGGUAUACGUACUAG